AAUUGCCUUGCGUCAUCUAGUGCGUUUUUACGAUCAUGUGUAGUUACUGCAGUUAAAUUCCUCAUUGUGGGACGCAGUUUGAAAAUUGAUGAGCUGCUUCAGUCUGCGAUGUCCGAUUUCCUUGCAACCAUAGGUGAUCCUGAUCUUAAUGUGCGUCGAGUUUCACUUAUUGCGCUAAAUUCAGCUGCACAUAAUAAGCCAAGAAUGAUUCGCGAUCUUCUUGAUAGAAUUUUGCCAUUAUUAUACGCAGAAACUGUAGUUAAACAGGAACUCAUUAAAGAAGUGGAAAUGGGUCCUUUUAAGCACGUAAUUGAUGGAGGACUUGAUCUGCGUAAAGCAGCUUUUGAAUGCAUGUAUACUUUGUUGGAUACUUGUUUAGAGAAACUCGAUAUUUUUGAAUUCAUUACAUACAUGGAAAAUGGAUUAAAGGAUCAUCAUGAUAUAAAAUUAUUGAGUUAUUUAAUGCUUUCUCGACUUAGUACAUUGUGUCCUUCUCAAGUACUUCAGCGGCUGGAUCGAUUAUGUGAGCCACUAAAGGCCCAGUUACAAAUGGCUUCAAAACCAAAUGCAGUUAAACAAGAGACAGAAAAAUUGGAAGAAUUGCGUCGUGCUGUGCUGCGCGCUAUUAUUGUCCUUCAGCGUGUGCCUGAAGCUGAUCGGCAUCAGCAGUUCUCUGAUCUGCUUUCUCUAAUUCGUUCAAACAGUGCUCUUCAUUCUUUGUACACUAAUAUCGAAAGGGAUGCUAUGCAGAGGUCAUAUAUCACUGAUUCUACGAUGGAAAUUGACUGA